AUGCCGACUAAACCACUAAACCAUGUCCCUAACCUUCACAUGAAUCUUUUUACAGUGAUGUUGAGUACCGUCCAUGAUUUGACAGUCCACCGUGCAACUCCUGAGGAUAUUCUGCGUCGCCAUGAAAUACACAAAUCAAAAAACAAAGCACUGGCGCAUCUGGAACUGCAAGAGAGAGCACUGAAAAGAAAAUGGAAGAAGCAAAAACAACCAGCUGCUGAUUCCUUGGAGAAAAGGAAAUUGACUCUGAUGCGUGAGAUUCUGUCUGAUCAAUACCAUUUGCAAGAUGUAUUGGAACGAUCUGAUCAGGUUAUGGCUGUGGCAAAAGACUUGUUUGGGGAUGUUCCUCGCACGCGAACAGGUUUCCCUAAUGUAACAAUGGCUCCUAACUGUGACCUAGAAUCAUCUCAAGGACCCAUUGUACAAAAAUGUGAUCCUCCCACUCAGCUUUCCAUCCUCAGUGAAUCUGUCAUGGAUUCCCAGGCUCUUAAUGAAGUUGAAGAGGAGGCAUUAUCAAUCUAUCAAUCAGAAGAUGGGCACCAUGACUCUUUGCAUUUCAAAUCCAGCAUCAAUUCUGACAGGCUACUUCGGUUAUUGAGAGAAGAAAAUUCCUUGGUGAAUUCUCAGUUGUGGGCUGAAAAGGAUAUGAGAAAAGCUACCUUAUCACAGGAAUCAAAUGUGCCUUUGACUCCAACAACUGUUUCUCCAUCACUGGAUCAGUCAGCCCUCAAUGCUACCAAUGUAGUCAAGAGAAUCCGUUCAAGACCUCAGAAUGAAGGCGAAGAAGAGACUGCAGAUUCUGCUUACACUGUGAGACAAGUGCUGAACCCGAAGUCAAGGAAUCAAAAGCAAAUUGCAGCAAAAAUGAAAAGAAAACAAACUGCACAGAACUCUGCAAGACAGAAGAGAGAUGAUUCUCCAGCUAAUUCAGUCCCCAUUGACCUUCGGAGGGACAACAAAUCCAGCCUAGAUGUUCUCAACCGCAUGAUACAUGAAGUGGAGCAUGAAUUGGAGGAAUAUGAGCGAUGUACAGGUCGUGAGGUUCAAAAAACUGAGAGAAGUGAAGGCCUCACCGGGUUUACCUUGUCACUGGUGAACGCUCUCUGUCGUUUGAUGCGCUACCUCAAAGAGAGUGAAAUGCAGCUGCGUGAGAAAGAGGUGAUGAGGCAGCAGCAUGAGGAGAUGUUGAAUGAACACAGAGAACUGAUUGAUGCUCUGACUGCAGAAAUACUUCUGGUGAGGGAAGAAAAUGUUACUAUGCAGAAGAAGCUUCAGCAGUACAUGACGGUAACAGAUAAACAGCUGAUCUCUCUCACACAAGCAUUUAAAGGCCUCCCUUUGGUAGAACCUAGAAGAGAACAAAGUCCAAACCAUUUUGGAACUGCAAGCAAAGGUCCAGUGAAUGGCCAAGAAAAAACUGAUUUGAGCUAUUGUGAGCCCAGGACUGAUGCAGGCAACAAGGAGAAUAUGCUGAAAUUCCCACAGGAAGAACCUCCUUUCAAGUUUCCCCCGAGGCCAGGUGCCUCAGGUGGUGCGGGAUCAGGUAGAAGCUUGCCAUCUCAUGUCUUCCAGCCAGCUGUGCUGUUGUCACCACCUCGCCAGAAGAGCAGUCAGGAAUUGUCUGCCCUCCCGAAUGUGUUUACAGCCAUUUCUCAGUCGCCUGAAAACACCGAAAGAGAGCCAUGCAAGGAAAGGAGCUCACCUUCCUCCCUGAGAACAGAGAGCAUAACUGAAGAAAACUGUCUCAUCUCUCAAAGGCAACCAAUUCCUCCUGCAGACAAAGACUUGGAGAGUUCCCACGAGAAAAUCAGUCUGUCCUGCACAGGUGACACUAGAAAAAACAGUACAGCUGAAGAGUUAUUUCAAAAUGGUGAUCUGCUGGGACAGAUAGCUGAGCUCACGCGGCAGAACUCUCUAAUUAAAGCUCAGCUGAACAAAUUUAGGGGCUUCUCUGAAGACACAAGUGACUGCCUACAUCAGCCAGACCCAAUAGGAAUUGCAAAUUCUGGUCCAGACUUUUCACAAGGACAGACUCAUCUCAUGGUAUCGAAGAGCUUGGAGGAAAGAAUAGCAGAGCUGAAUCGUCAGAGUGCAGAAGCACGUGAUAAACUGUUGCAGCUAAUAGACCAGCAGAAAUUAGCUGCUGCCGAUAUGGUCCCCCCGAUGAUAUCUCCUGUUCUGCCCCCAUCGCUAAAUUAUACUGAAAAUGCAAGGAGGACAAUUGAAGUGUCUAUUCCUGCGGCAGUUGCUAUGGACAGCUCCAAAGAAGACAGUGUUUCCCCUGCCAGUAUGACCAGUAUAAGAAGGUCUGUAGGAGACUCUAGCAAACCUUGUUCACCCCUAAGUGCCACGUCAGGAAGUGUGCAAUUGACUCCUGUCAGCCAAAGACCAAAGGUGGAAAAGCCAAAAGAAGAAGGCUGGUUUGCAUUGUCAAUGCACAUUAUGUAAAGGAAGCUGCACUCAAGUCCUGUUGUUUUUU